GUUUUGCGGUAUCCUUGAAGUACCGCCAAAGUCCAUGGUCUAAUGGAUCGAUUAAGAUUACCAAACAGUCGUCUGUAUUCCACUUCAGACUUCAGUGACUACAUUUCAGUUGUCAGUGCAAAUAUGGUUCUCUCGAUGGAAAGAUGGGUCGGUAAAGUUGCUGUCGUGACUGGAGCUAGUGUUGGAAUAGGAGCAGCCAUUGCACGGAUGCUAGUUGAAAAUGGAGUGAUCGUUGUAGGACUAGCUAGAAGGAGUGAUGAAAUUGAGAAACUGGCUAAAACUCUUUCUGACAAAAAAGGAAAACUCUACGCUGUCAAAGCUGAUGUAUCCAAGGAAGAAGAUGUUAAGAACGCUUUCAAAUGGGCAUCAGAGAAAGUUGGUCCGGUUCACAUUUUGGUAAACAAUGCUGGAAUCCAUGACAGAACAAGUUUGAUUGAUGGAGAUACCGAAAAAUGGAGAAAUACCCUGAAUGUCAAUGUUGUUGCCCUCUGUAUCGCUACUAGGGAAGCCAUCAAGAUCAUGCGGGAAAAUAACAUAGACGGGCACAUCAUCCAUAUCAACAGUGUGGUUGGUCACAAAGUACCAAAUCUGCCAAACCUAGAUGUUUAUUCUGCUAGUAAAUACGCAGUGACGUCACUCACAGAGACUCUCAGACUUGAAAUAAAUGCGUUGAAACUGAAGAUUAAAAUAACGAGUAUCAGCCCUGGUUUGGUGAACACUUCGUUUAUUGAUGAGGAAACCAGGAAAACCGAAUACAUCAAAGACCUUCUGGCGACCAGAUCUUUGAAUCCAGAAGAAAUCGCAGAUGGAGCUCAAUACGUAUUAUCGACACCACCUGGUGUGCAGGUACAUGAAUUGACGAUCAAACCAUUGCAUGAGCAAUUCUGAACUGUUGCUGCUGCUGAGCUGGGAUUUGUUUUGUUUUUCAAUAUAUUCACUUAUUUGUAUUUCAAUUAUCUGAUAUCAAAAUAUUUUCGUUAUUCUCCCACGUCUGAUUGUUUAUCUUGCUUACUUCACAUUCUAUUUUCUUCACUUCAAUAUGUAUCAACUGUGUUCAAUAUUCGAAACUAGAUUAAAAUACAUAUGAAACUUCUAGG